UUUGCAUAUAAAGUUUUAUUGGAACACAGCCAUGCAUAUUCGCUAGUUCUCAACAGUAACAGCUUCUUAUCUGUAAAGUAGUAGCUCUCAAAUGAGAAGAUUUUGCCUCCCAGGGGACAUUUGGCAGUGCCUGGAGAUAUUUUGUUGGCAUAAGAGGGUGGGGGUGAGGAGACGAUGCUGCUGACAUCUGAGGAUUCUACUGAAUAUCAAAAGGCACAGAUAGCCCCAUCACCAGAGAAGUGUCUGGCCCCAAAUCUCAAUGGUGCUGAGACUGAAAAGCCCUGCUCUAGUUGACAACAUGUAGGAUGGAAGGAUGGUCCCUUAGGUUAGGUUUCUGAUUCAGGUGAGAGAGUAGCACCUCUUUCUGUCACACAUCAGGAAAGUGUAGUUUGUACGGUGGAAGCAAAGGCAUAGACCCUAACAAAAUAUGAUAGUAGCCUUGUGAGAUUUCAUGCAGCACUGGGUGAAUGCGGAAUGGGUAAUGGCAGGUAAGUGGUGAAGGGUGAUGAGCAGGCAUAAGUUCAGAGGGAAGGAUGAGAUGUCUGGCAGGAUGCGUUGUUCAGGCAGGAUCCUUUCCUCUCCUUCAUCAUCUCUUACCUUCUUCUGCCCACAGGGUGUGGAUGUGAACGCAAGAGGAGAGUGGAAGACCUUGCCGGCCCCUCUUGACCACAUUAAUCUUCAUGUCCGUGGGGGCUACAUCCUGCCCUGGCAAGAGCCUGCACUGAACACCCACUUAAGUCGAAAGAACCCUCUUGGUCUUAUCAUUGCCCUAGAUGAGAACAAAGAAGCAAAAGGAGAACUUUUCUGGGAUGAUGGGCAAACGAAGGAUACUGUGGCCAAUAAAGUGUAUCUUUUAUGUGAGUUUUCUGUCACUCAAAACCGCUUGGAGGUGAAUAUUUCACAAUCAACCUACAAGGACCCCAAUAAUUUAGCAUUUAAUGAGAUUAAAAUUCUUGGGACGGAGGAACCUAGCAAUGUUACAGUGAAACACAAUGGUGUCCCAAGUCAGACUUCUCCUACAGUCACUUACGAUUCUAACCUGAAGGUUGCGAUUAUCGCAGACAUUGAUCUUUUCCUGGGAGAAGCAUACACAGUGGAGUGGGAUAUAAAGAAGAGGGAUUUUGAAAAAAUAGACUGUUACCCUGAUCAGUAUGGCGCUUCUGCAGAAACCUGCACUGCCCGUGGCUGUAUCUGGGAGGCAUCCAGUUCUUCUGGGGUCCCUGUUUGCUAUUUUGUCAACGAUCUAUACUCUGUCAGUAAUGUUCAAUAUAAUUCACAUGGGGCCACAGCUGACAUCUCCUUAAAGUCUUCCGUGUAUGCCAAUGCCUUCCCCUCCACACCCGUGAACCCCCUUCGCCUGGAUGUCACUUACCAUAAGAAUGAAAUGCUGCAGUUCAAGAUUUAUGAUCCCAACAACAAUCGGUAUGAAGUUCCAGUUCCUCUGAACAUACCCAGGGUGCCAUCCAGCACCCCUGAGGGUCAACUCUAUGAUGUCCUCAUUAAGAAGAAUCCAUUUGGGAUUGAAAUUCGCCGCAAGAGUACAGGCAGUAUAAUUUGGGACUCUCAGCUCCUUGGCUUCACCUUCAAUGACAUGUUUAUUCGCAUCUCCACCCGCCUUGCCUCCAAGUACCUCUAUGGCUUUGGGGAAACUGAGCACACGUCCUAUAGGAGAGACUUGGAGUGGCACACUUGGGGGAUGUUCUCCCGAGACCAGCCCCCAGGGUACAAGAAGAAUUCCUACGGUGUCCACCCCUACUACAUGGGGUUGGAGGAGGAUGGCAGUGCCCAUGGAGUGUUCCUGCUGAACAGCAAUGCCAUGGAUGUGACGUUCCAGCCCCUGCCUGCCUUGACAUACCGUACCACAGGGGGAGUUCUGGACUUUUAUGUGUUCUUGGGGCCAACUCCAGAGCUUGUCACCCAGCAGUACACUGAGCUGAUUGGCCGGCCUGUGAUGGUACCUUACUGGUCUUUGGGUUUCCAGCUGUCGCUUAUGGAUACGAACGACUCUGAGAUCGCCAGCUUGUAUGAUGACAUGGUGGCCGCCUUGUGAUCCCUUAUGACGGCAGCACUAGACAUCGACUACAUGAGGCAGCUGGACUUCACCCUCAGCCCCAAGUUUGCUGGGUUUCCAACUCUGAUCAACCGCAUGAAGGCUGAUGGGAUGCGGGUCAUCCUCAUUCUGGUUAGUCCUGAUGUGAAUGUGUGUGGUCUACACAGCCCUAUCCUUGCCUUCACUGGGCUUGAGGAUGACAUCUUCAUCAAAUACCCAAAUGAUGGAGACAUUGUCUGGGGAAAGGUCUGGCCCGAUUUUGGUGUUGUUGUGGAAUGAACUCAGACUGGGAAGUGUCAAGUGGAGCUAUAUCGAGCUUACGUGGUUUCCCCAGACUUUUUCCGUAAUUCAACCGCCAAGUGGUGGAAGAGGGAAAUAGAAGAACUGUACAACAAUCCACAGAAUCCAGAGAGGAGUUUGAAGUUUGAUGGCCUGUGGAUUGUAAGUGUGAAUGAACCAUCAAGCUUCGUGGAAGGGGCAGUUUCUCCAGGCUGCAGGAUGCUCUCUCUGAACCGCCUCCCCUACAUGCCACAUUUGGAGUCCAGGGACAGGGGCCUGAGCAGCAAGACCCUGUGCAUGGAGAGUCAGCAGAUCCUCCCAGACGGCUCCCCGGUGCAGCACUACAACGUGCACAGCCUGUACGGGUGGUCCCAGACCAGACCCACAUACGAAGCCAUGCAGGAGGUGACGGGACAGCGAGGGGUGGUCAUCAGCCGCUCCACAUUUCCCUCUUCUGGCCGCUGGGCAGGACAUUGGCUGGGAGACAACACG